AUGCCAGAAGCAUUCAUCCCACGAAGCGAAAGAGCAGCUUCGAGGUUCUCUUUUAUGCCAACGAUCGAACAUCUGGAAUGCUGUCGCCAUAGCCAAGAAAAUAAAAUUAGAUGGGCUGGACAUGUGAUGCGUCUUAACGGCAAUCGUUGGACAGGAGCUGUGAGUGAAGUCAUACAUGUUAUGGAAGCAAACGCUUCACUUAGAUCUUCUUGGAAAAACCCCCGUGAACGUCUAAAGAAGCACUUACGAAAAGCGGCCAGCAGUCAUUCUCUUAACGGAUCACUGGAAAAUGUUGUGAAGAUUGCAAAUGGCGCUGAAGAAAAUCACGAAGUGAUACAUAGCUGCGUGGUGUCAUCGAGAAGUAAUCCUUUCAAGCGGUCUUCCCCCGUGAAGAAACGGAGACGACAUGAAGACGAAGAAAAUCUUUUAUUUGAAUCAUCCGUUGCUUGGGAUGACUCUAAUGCAAAUGACCCGUUCUCAAAUGAAAAAAUGUUUCGCAAUCGUAAGAUGAAGAGCUUUGGUUCCCAACAUUUUCCUUUGAGUGGAGACCAGCCUUUUGAAAACUCGUUUGCGACUGGUUUUUCCGACAUAUUUCUCUGUGAUUUUUCUCACUCGGCAAUAGAACACACUGCUCAUUGUUCCGAGAAGACUCCUGUGGAUCUACGUCUGGGCACGAAAUUGCGAAUCACAGCUAAAAAACCGUUUUUAUGGAUGCGGGACGUAAGCGCUUCAGGUAGCGCUGUCGUUCGAAUAACAGGACAACAACGUCACGAAGGGCUUCGCAACUUCAUUAAUGCAGUUUCAAAUGAAUUCAAUUCAUCGCUUUCGGAAAUCCCUUCUGAUCUGUCACCCUUAGCUGUUCUAGAGUCAGCAUGUCUUUACUGGCAAUUCCCCUGUUUUCCUUGGUUGCCUACUUAUCCCCGAGCAGAUUCAUUAGUUAAUGCCAGCUCACUGAUUAAUCAUUCGACGCCUUUAAUUUCGCACAGCUGUUUAAAGGAUCUUGAAAUGCAGUGGAUUGAAUGUUUUGAUCAGCUUUUCCUAUCAUGGAAGAAGGGCGACAGAAAAAGUUUCUAUAUGUCGUGCUGCUCAUUUACUGUGCUUUUCACAAAAAUAAAUUUGGACGACGAUACCGUGUGCACGGAGGAUUCUUCGUCAUGUUUUCAAACUUGUGGUGGUCUUCGACAUAUUGUUAUUGUAACUCCCAGCACAUCUGGUUUUAGACAGUAUCUGAAGAGUGAAGGGAUUGAGUAUGAAGUCGUCAGGAAGAAAACAACUUCAAGCGAUAAGACAUUCACAUCGUUCCAACCUCUUGAUGAGAAAUCUUGUUCAAAUGACGGGUUGCAAUGCAAUGAAUGCAACGAUGUUGAAUCAGUGAACAUGCCGAGUUCGAGUGGGACCCAAAAAAAUGCUUCUGCAAUUGAUAGUGGAGUGAGUCCUGAGAAAGCCGACGUUUCCGGAGAUAACGAAUGGCUGGAGAAUAUUGGAAUGUCACCAGGAAACACAGCUAAGCUUAAGAGAUAUAAGUCCAUAGGAUCGGCAUCCAAUGUGGCUAACGAUAUCGCGCUUACUAGAACUAGUGUAGAUGAUGCAGCGGCCAUAUUAGUCAAGGGAUCACAUGUGCAAACGCUAUACAAUUUGAUGCAGACGUCUAAAGUAUGUCGCUCUAUAAUAGGACCUCAUGCAAACAUCCCACCUACAUUGUUGUCGUCUAGUCCAUUUCUAUACGCACAGCUGCAAACACUGAAGAAAUCGUCACAAGUAAUUCGAAAGAAACAUUUCGAAUACAUACUUGAACUAGAUGGUGGUCCCAUCAUGCCACACACUAUACCAUUGGUUGUCGAGUUUGUUCGUCGAUGUGGAGUUUGCGAUGUGGAGCCAGCGACUAUACGUGUAAAUGAUCGAGUGAUUUGUAACGGCUUAAAUGACAUGGAUUCUGAACUAUAUGACUGGAAUGAAAUAAGAGUCGAUAAAGAGAAUGUUUGGUGGGAUAAAACAUGA